CCCGCUCCGUUCUCACGGCAGUCUGACGCCGGUCGCGCAGUCAGCAUGGCUGGAUUUUCGCGCAGUUUUUCGCCGGUCCUCCCGUGCUGAGGGCUCCGGACGGACCAGUACUCGAGCUGACUCGAGCAACGUCGCACUUCGCUCGCCGUCGUCACGCGCGGCGUCGGUCUCUCGCCGCGUUAACGUCGUCACGUUCCGACUUUCCGUCGCGAGGCGCGAGGUAGCCUGGUGCCGUCCGACACGCCAGUUUUGACCGGGAACCGAGAAGCCCCGAGAAAGGACGCCAGAUGCUUGAACCUAACCUCCAAGCGCGAAGAAGACUGCCCCGAGGGAGCACGCUCGCAGCCGCAACGACUCGCGUCCAACGUGGCUAACUUCACGCGGGAUCCGCGAUCUCUUGCGAUCGAUUUCCGUGUGCGCGAGGCACGAGCGAGAGACGUCGUGGACAGAGAGAGAGAGAGAGAGAGAACAAGACGCCGACGAGCGGCUGAGUUUCCGUGAGUUGCGUUCUUCAUCGUCGGAACUCUCCGGGAGGCAUCUCCGUCUCCGGCUGUACCGUGUGGUGAUCGACGGCGAGAGGGGCGAGGGAGAGACGCGGUACGCGGUAAAUGACAGUGCAGUGAGAGAAGGGACGGAAAGAAAGGCUCCGCUUCGAGGCGGGCAGUAAAUUUUGACCUCGAGAGGAGAAGAAAGAAGAGAUCCCCCCGGUCUCAGGAUUCCCUGCAUCUCGUGUGCGCGGGGACUCGGCCGAAUUCGACGAAACUUUCCCGAACGAGCGAUAUCAUGGGAUUUUCCAACGUUGCACGAAAAGGGUCGCCGACGCAAAGAAAUAAACUCCGAAAAUUGUUUCGCGUAAGAAACACUGCGCCUGUACAUCGUUCCUAAUUGACAGAUAGAGGAAAGGAGCCGGGCGGCGGGGGUAACUAGAAGCGGGAAUGAGAAGAGGGUCGGGCGGAAGACACGAAGCAGCGUUCGAAAUUUACGAGUGAGUCGGUUUGCUUGCACGUCGUGGGGUCCAAGAUGGUGUCUAGGGGCGGUCGUGCGCCGUAACAAAUGGUUCAGCCGUGAACCCGCUCGCCGUGCAACGACACCGGAAACGGGCGGCAGCUAUCCGGCGAACGAGCGAGCGAGCGAGCGACCGAGCGAGUGAACGAACGGGAAGAUCCGCAAGAAUUCGCGAGGACACGAAUGUGAAGCUUGUCCCCGGUCCAUCUCUCGCGUGGCGAAUUGUUCCGAGACACGAAAGCCGAACGGCGGGGUCGCGCCUCGUUUACAACGAAAUUGCCCGGAGACAAGAUGAUUCCGAAAUGUCGACAAUGAAACGGCGUGCGUUUCGCGACGAUCAUCCCGUGAGAGAACGCGUCGCGAUUUCCUUAAUACGCGUUCGCAGAACCUAGAGAUGACGAGGUGUCGCGCGUCUCGACAUUGAGAUCUCAAUAACGGUUGUUGGACCCAUGGUAACCUGGCCAGAUGGGUUAAAGAAUCGCGACUCGCGAUCGACAGCGCGGUCUCGUGCCGCUUGCGAAAUGGCGAUCAUACCGCAAAAGUGCAACAAGUGGUGUCCAGAUCCUCAAUGCUGAGACAUCAUCGAUGUUACUCGACAGACGGACGAGGGGAUUUGAUCCGGGGCCUGAUCAGGUUCGCGACCGGUUGGAUCGAGAGUCUCCAGGAGGACCGCCGCGCCGUCGUUGUUUCCUAGAAACGUACGCGACGCUAGUGGGAUUAAGCGCGUUUGAUGAACUUUGAAUCCGUUUCGCCCGUCUCAAGUACGAUUGUCUCGAAAUUUCUUUGUCAGGGGAUUCCCUUUGCCGGUUUAAAUAGAUACACCUCCGCUGUGGGGGAAAACGUUCGACCAACGCAUCGAGAGUCCCGGUCUGAUGCUGUUAACCUCGUCAAAGGAUAUCUCAUCGAUCGUGGGAUUGAAACGACGAGUAGCCCCAAGCUGGGAUUUUAACUUGGUUCCAACCGCUGGCUUUCCUCAAAUUCGAGUACUUGGAUCUACCGAUAUCACUUUCACGUCAGAAAGCUAUAUAGAAGUUAAAGGAAAUCUUAAUUUAUACGCCAAUUUGCCCGGAACGAGAGAAAGACUAGUGUUAUAAAUUAAUAUAUAAAAUAAUAUUAAUAAAUUAAUGUUCGUUGAAACGAUUCGAUGUUGCACGGUAAUGCCCGAAGAAAGACUGCAAACGCGAGUCCAUGGCGACGAAGGUGCUCCGUGCUGUGCAGACGCAAGAAACGCUCGCUGGGGAUCAUCGGCAAUUCUUGGAGCUGCUACCUGACCUCUCGCCGGCAGAUCCGUUGACUAACGUAGCAGCACCGUUUGCACGCCGCGGGCAGACACGUCCCGCGACUCGCUCAAGGACGGAGACUUUGCGAUAAUCCACGUUGAGGCGUUGUCGCAUCCGCAGAGACGUCGUCGAAUGAGACGAUGGUGAUGAGGAUAUCCGCAAGCGAAGCUGGCGUUCCUCUAUUAGGCGCCGUCGGUCCGCGCUACGUCGUCAAGCAGGCGACGGUGAAGCGUUGCGUCCUGGCGCUCCUGCUCGUCUCCAUCAUCAGUAUAUUGUACUACACUCACUACAUUAUCAGCAGUGGACCGCUAUCCAGUUUAAUACACCGAGAUACAAGGCCAGAGCCGGCAAUACGAUGUUCGACUUUGAAAGGAGCGACCAGACUACCGUCAGCACCAGACCAUCGCAGUGAAGCUCGAUUAAGGAUAGACCCAAAGGUGUUGGUCUUCGUAGAAACUCUAUACUCAAGGCUAGGCCGAGAGAUAGCUGAGCUGCUAGUUUAUAAUCGAAUAAAGUACAAAGUGGAGGUGGCCGGUAAGUCCUUACCGGUGCUGACGAAUCUCGAUAAGGGUCGGUACGGGGUGCUGAUCUUCGAGAAUCUAAACAAGUACCUGCAGAUGGACAAAUGGAAUCGUGAGCUACUCGACAAAUAUUGCAGGGAAUAUUCAGUUGGCAUCGUCGGUUUUGCCCCUCCAGGAGAGGAGAGUCUUGUUGGUGCUCAGCUUAAGGGCUUUCCACUUUUUAUACAUACUAAUCUUAGAUUGAAGGAUGCUCAGCUGAAUGCGGCGUCUCCCAUUCUUCGAUUAACCAGAUCGGGGGAAACGGCCUGGGGACCACUUCCUGGCGGUGACUGGACUAUUUUUCAGGCCAAUCACAGCACCUACGAGCCGCUCGCUUGGGCAUAUCGAGACAGCCUCGACUAUCCGGCCAAUAAAAGUCCCCUGGCUACUGUCAUCCAGGAUCAUGGGAGGUAUGACGGAAUUCAAAGAGUUCUCUUUGGCGGUGGCCUACGGUUUUGGCUGCACAAAUUGCUGCUGCUGGACUCGUUAUCCUACCUGUCGCACGGGCAAUUGAGUCUCAGCUUAAAUCGUAUGAUCUUGGUGGACGUCGACGAUAUAUUCGUCGGCGAGAAAGGCACCAGGCUGAGAAAGGAUGACGUAAUGGCGUUGCUAGCCACUCAGCAAAGAAUUCAAACUCUGGUGCCGGGGUUCAAAUUUAAUUUGGGGUUUUCCGGGAAAUAUUUUCAUCACGGGACAGCGGAGGAGAAUUUGGGGGACGACAUGCUUCUGGAGAACGUAGACAGAUUUACGUGGUUUUCCCACAUGUGGAAUCACCAACAACCGCAUCUCUACGAGAAUGUAACUCAUCUACAAUUGGAUAUGGCGCUGAACAAACAAUUCGCAAAGGACCACGGUAUACCGGUCGGAAGCGGGUACAGCGUAAGUCCGCAUCACUCCGGCGUUUACCCGGUUCAUGAAGGCCUCUACGAGGCAUGGAAGCGGGUGUGGAACAUCAAGGUCACGAGCACGGAAGAAUAUCCGCAUUUGAGGCCGGCUCGUUUGAGACGAGGCUUUAUUCAUCGUAACAUCAUGGUCCUACCGAGGCAAACAUGUGGCCUUUUUACUCACACGAUUUUUAUCGAGAGGUAUCCAGGUGGAAGGGAAAAGCUGGACGAGUCGAUACAGGGCGGAGAACUUUUCCAAACGAUCGUAUAUAACCCGAUAAAUAUUUUUAUGACGCACAUGUCGAAUUAUGGAAAUGAUCGAUUGGCGUUAUAUACUUUCGAGUCAGUUAUAAAAUUUAUUCAAUGUUGGACGAAUUUAAGGCUAUCUAGUGCACCGCCGCUUGCGCUUGGAGAACGUUACUUUCAGUUAUAUCCCGAGGAGGCCGAUCCGGUGUGGGGAAAUCCAUGUGAUGAUCAGAGACAUCAGAAGAUUUGGUCCCGUAAUAAAACUUGCGAUCAACUACCGCGAUUUUUAGUAAUCGGACCUCAAAAAACCGGCACCACGGCGUUGUACACAUUCCUAUCCAUUCAUCCAGCAAUAAGCAGCAAUUUACCAAGCCCCGACACCUUUGAAGAGAUACAGUUUUUCAACGGAAAGAAUUAUUACAAAGGUCUUGAUUGGUAUAUGAGCUUCUUUCCAGCAUCAAAAAAUGAGAGUUCUCGAUACCUUUUUGAGAAAUCUGCCACUUAUUUUGACGGGGAAUUAGUGCCGCGAAGGGCCCAUGCACUUCUGCCAAGAGCUAAGCUUAUCACCAUAUUGCUCUCUCCAGCUAGACGUGCUUAUUCAUGGUACCAGCAUACCAGAGUACAUGGAGAUCCGGUAGCGAACAAUUACUCCUUCCAUGCAGUCAUCACAGCGAGUGAUUCUGCACCGAAACCCCUACGGGACCUUAGAAAUAGGUGUCUAAAUCCUGGAAAGUAUGCCCAACAUUUAGAGAGAUGGUUAUCGUUCUAUUUACCGCAACAAUUACACAUCAUCGAUGGCGAACAGUUACGGCAAAACCCCGUGGAAACGCUGCAUGAACUGCAACGAUUUCUAAAAAUAACACCCGCCUUCAAUUACUCCUCGCACUUGAGGUACGAUCCGAAAAAGGGUUUCUUUUGUCAAGUAACUAACGAAGACCGCACUAAAUGUCUCGGUAAAAGUAAAGGUCGCCAAUACCCACCGAUGGAAGAUAGAUCGUACAAAUUAUUACAGAGAUAUUAUUUAUCCCACAACACGGCUCUAGUGAAAUUAUUAAAGCGACUUGGGUCUAGAACGAUCCCGCAAUGGCUGAAGGAAGACCUCACCGACACUGUGAUGACCUAGCAAACGCCAAUUGCAUGAAACUUUAAUGUUUCCCGGCUGCUCGCUUCCGCUGUCAGCGAGAUACAUCGCUUGCUAAUGGAAGACUUGUAAAGUAAUUGUACAUUCAUAACUCCACUGGAUUUCACAUCUUCAGAGGAAGGACCAUGCUGGCCUAUCUCAGUGAACUGGCCUAAUGUAAUUGGAGACCCUGCAAAAGCUAGUCAUAUAAGCGGCUUUACAAAGUCCGACUUGUAAUUGUCGAUCAUUGUUAAGCAAAUAAUACUAGUUUUAUAUUAUUAUCUCCUUUAUUUUAUUAUUAUUAAUUACUGUCGUAUUAUUAUUAUUGUAUCAUUAUCAUCGUUACCGCAUCGUAGGAGAUCAGGGAUAUUACUCGCUCAUUAGUCCAGCAAUCAUAAUUAGGCACCUUUCUAUCUACUCAUGCAUAAGUUAGGCAAAAUAAAAGCCGAUGAAUACAUAUGAAUUGAAAAUUAUGCAAAAAAAACUAUAUCUCUUUACAAAAAAGACAGACUUUUUUUAUAAAUUUAUGAUGUAAGAACAAAUUUCGUAUAUCAAGGAAGAUGUCCACGAUAGUAGACAUUUAUAAAAUAAUAUCUAAUGUGCCGAGCGCAUAAAUGAAUUUUUGCUAUCAACGCGAGACACGUGUUGUAACGAAUGAUAUUGAAGAGUACUCUUUUUGGCGCGCGCGAUAAAUGCAAUAUUUUAAAAAGUUAAAAUUCAAUUUUCUUGAUACCAGACUGUCCAAAUUACGUUGUUUUGAGAAAUGUAUAUUCUUCAUGUGUAAGGGUCAUCGAUGAAUUGUACUGCCAGAUUUUUUUAGUCAGACAGUUUGUCGAUCGUUCUUCUUGCACGAAUCAUCGGAUCGUCCAUGCGAGCGUGAGAUUUUGGGAUUUUGAGAGCUUUUCUCUUAAGCCCACCAUUUUCGGAGAUACAGUGUAUAUUAAUUCUCGUUACAUAUUUAAGAUCGAUGAUGAUGAUGAUGACAAGAAAUCUAUGUAUAUUUUGACAAUACUUAUUCUUGGUAUCCGCGGUGGAAAGGCCAACAAAAGAUGUAUGAUCGCGUCCGUUUGUACAUUGAUGUAACGCAUUAUUUUGAUGUUAAUAUAGAUGUACCACACACACACACAUAUACACACACAUAAAAUGGAGUAAAACUUUGAAACGGACAUUUCGUGUGUAUGAUGAAUUGGAGAUGAAUUUGAAUGUUCAUCGAUCUCGGAUGCGUUGACGAACAUACACCCAUUUGCAAUAAUAAACAUUAUCAGAGUUGAAACUCGUGCGAUUAUUAGAUUGAUAAACGAUUAUUUGGCACACUGUGCAAAUUACUACCCGCUGACAAGUUGUACGAGAUUAUUCAUAUGUGAAAAUAUUUAAGAUUUAUCACGAUUAUUGUGUAUUGCAUACAGCGAUACAUCGUGCAAUUGAUAAAUGUUGUAAAGAAUAGAAAUAGGAAUCUUAUCUUUCAGCGGGUAAGUCCAAAUAAUUUAUACAGUAAUUUUUACAGUAAUGUACAGAAUCUACAUUUGUGUAUUGAAUUGCUUGUUUCGAAAUGAUAUUCAUGCAGUAUCUAUUUUACUGCAUUUUAAAAGAAUAUACAUUGGAUCGACCCAAGGAGAUUUUGUUGGUCAAGAGAGAAUAACGAUGGGAUCUGAUUAUCGUAUACGUAUAUUUUUUUAUAUUUAUUUGUCACUUAUACGUAUAUAUAUAUAUAUCAUCUCCAAUAAUGUGAACUACAUGUACAAAUAUUUUUAAUAAUACUGAUUGUAUCUGUGACCAUAUCUAAUUGUACAUUGUAACAAAUUCAUGAGAUUUUAAGAAUCUCAUGGCAGGUAUCUGCAUAUAAUAUCUGCUUGCCACACUUUCUACAUAGAAAAGUGUACUAAUAUCGUGUGUAUGGCCCGUUAGGAAAGAGUCCAAAGCAAACGAUGUAAAGAUCAGGAGAAAAUUCUUUCAUUUGCAAUUUUCAUCACUAUAUUAAUUAUCUUACAUUACGAAUGUUUCUGAUGAUGCCAUUACAUUGGAUAUGUUGUAUAUGGAUCAUGUUAUAUUUAGACAGAAUCUUUUGUUAUGUUUGUACGACUUGUUUUCAUUUUUAUACUGCCGUUAAAACUAUGCCAUGUAACGUUUAACAAAUCAUGUACAAAGUUUAUUGUUAAUAUUAUGAUAGUAGUUGCUAAUGAUAAUGAUAAUAUCAACUGAUUGAUCUGUUUCGUCGAAUUGUGCCAUUUUAUCAAUGUUGUAUAUAUGAUUACGAUUAUAAUGUAUCAAUCGCGACAUCGGAUUUUUAGAGUCAAUAUCCUUAAUUUCGUUCAGUAUGGCGGUAGCAACAAAUGUCCGGAUUGCUACUACCUGACAAUAACCUGACGGCAAACAGAGAUAAGUAAUAAUCUCGCGGGAUUUAUCAGAAUCGCACGUGUAAGCAGAAUUAGCAUUACCACAUCACUGAUUCUCUAUUUAUUUAUUUUUUAUCUUUUUUACAUUUUUCUAUUAUAUCUUUUUCAUAUUUUCAUAAAUAAUAAAAAAUAAUGAAAUAAUAAUUUUGUUAAUAAUAAAAGAAAAACAGUACAGUUAUGUAUGCCUGAGUACUAUCGAAUUUUUAUAUCUAAAUUAAAAAUUGUCUUGUCUCAUUUUGUAUAUUAACUAUUGUCAUUAAUCAAUGAUGGAGUACUACUAACUGCUACGAAAUUUCACGGGUGUAUUCAUUUUGCGUAUAAACGCACAGAAAUGGCGAGCGUUUUGUAAAUAUUCCAAUAUAGACUGCCCAAGAAAAGAAAAUGCUAUCGUUGUGCGAUUAAAGAAAACCGGCGUAGGAUGUGUGUACGACACUUCAAUUAUUUAACUUGUGACUAUUCUAUUGUAAAAUACUGUAAUAAUUGUACGAAUAGUCUGUAAGUUCUAAUAAAAGAAGCACCAAAAAUCCUGCUGGACCGUU